UCUUCGUCGCGUUUAAUCGCGUAGGUAGUUUAUGUUCUCACUUCUCACGGUUGUUUUAAAUAAAUAAAAAUCAUAAUUAUAGUAAAGCAAUCGAGCGAUUCAAUGAAAGGUUACAUAGAUCCUUAUUUUUAUACCACUCCUUCCGAACAAUGGAACCUUAGCACUUUUAUUACAACAUAUAAUGGAUCGAGUUUAGUUAAAGAGAAGAUUCUAUAUUUUUAUAAGGAAGGCUUACUAAAUAUAUGUCAAUCAUCUGACUUUAGCUAUGAGCAGAAAGAAACGGCGGAAAACUUAAUUGAUUCUUAUAGAGCGGAUAAGAAGGAAUGUGCAUACUUGUUUGAUGUUCCCAAAAGUAAAUCGGUUAAAACGGCUAUUCUUCAGAACAGGUUUGAACUGCUAAUCGAAUCUGCAAAAUCUGCGAACGCGACUCUUAAUGCAACAUUCAUCGAAGCUGAUGCAUCUGUAAGUGAAUACCAAUCCUCAGAUCAACAAGUGAGAUCAACAAACUAUGAGUCGAACCCUUUCAAUACAGGAUUCUCACAGAAACGUAAAUACGCUUUUGAUACCGAAGAGGAGGAAGAUUCCGGGGAAGAGUAUAACGCAGACAAAACAAUCGUUGGCGGAAGAAAUACCACUUGGGUGGUAGAUGGAAUUAACAUUCGCCAAAAGCUUACAAUAUAUCAGGAAGAAAAAAAUCUUACAAAAUCCAAACCAGAAUAUUACGAUGUGAUCUUUUUUAAUAAUAAAAAUCAAGACGGAUUUUUAGGUACAUUGCCGGAAAGCACUAUUAUAAAGAUGAAUAAGGAAAUUAUGGAAGAAAUAAAAGGUGCAGAAGAAGAAGACAUUAGAUCAUUAUUAAGUAAAAUUAUUGAUCGCGACAUCCACAUAACGAAAGAAAAUCUUAAAGAACAACAAAACCAUAAUGACUCUUUUGAAAAAGAGUUUGCACUAUAUUUUAUUAAUCACAUGUGGGUCUAUAUUUUUCUUGAGAAUCGGUAAUCAGGUAACUAACUCAUUGUUUAUACAGGAUCGAACUCAUAGAUAAAAAUAAUGUACUUCUGGAAGAUUUAUCCGAGGGAACAUUCAUUACAAUGGUUUUGGCACCAAUAUUGAACAAAAUUUUCAUUAAAAAUAAGAAAGAUUGGUAUGUCAAGUAUGGGGAGACUUGUCUUAGGGCAAGUGCGGAUGAUCAAAAUUCUCAAAAAAGGGAUGAAGAGCGCCGAUCCCCUGGAAGGAAAAUCGAUGCUAUUGUUAUAAUUAAAGAAGAGAAAGAAGAAUUUUCGGUCACAGAAAUUAGUGGACCCCCAGCUCAGAAAGAUUG